CCUUAAGAGAAUGUAAAGGAGUUUGAUUGAAAGCUCGUCGUGUCACAGAUAGACAAAAGCCUACCGACGCUUUUCAUCGCAGAAUGUGUCCUCGUGUAUAUGGAGACAAAUCUUUCGGCGCAGCUGCUUCAGUGGAUUAGCGAUAACUUCAAGACUUCGUUUUUUAUCAACUAUGAACAGGUAAACAUGGAGGACACGUUUGGUACCGUGAUGUUAAGAAACCUCAUGGGAAGAGGCUGCGAACUUCUAGGAGUAGAUGCGUGUAGGUCUCUCGAAACUCAGAAACAAAGGUUCCUAUUAACUGGAUGGAAUGGUGACGAAUCAUUGGAAAUGAUGCAGGUUUAUAAAAGGCUACCACAGGCAGAUAUACAGAGAAUUCAGAAACUCGAGUUCAUGGACGAUGUCGAGGUGAUCAGCCAAUUGUUCCAGCAUUACGCCAUUACGUGACGGUGGGCAUUCAAAGAUGCAGCUAAUAUUGGUCUUCAAGGAAUUGCUGCAUGUCUAGUUAUAUUGCAUUACACGUGGCUUACAAUGAAAUGCAUUCAAUAUUAUACAAAAGGAACCAACAUGUUAAAAAAUGGCAUAACAAAUUCAUAUAUGGUCUGAAAGCACAUAAGUACACAUUUAAUGACUCUAGUCAGAUUUCGAAUAGUCGUGGAGUAAAUUACAAAUUUUUUUUCCCGGCAUGAUGUAUAUUACAAUGGUUUUACGCACUCACAUAUAAACGUCUCCAGUCUUCCAUGCUUCCAUUGCUUUAGUCUAUCUGCGUUUAACUGUGCGAUGUAAUCUGCUUAUCAUGGCUUAUUCUUGGAGAUUCCUAUAUGUAAUUAUUGUAAAUAUAUGCAUCCUAUAUACACGAAAA